GGCAGAGAGGCUGGAAAGGGAGAGGAUAGAAAAGGCAAAGCUUCAGAAGGAGAAGGAAGAGAAGGAGCGCAUGGAACAGGAAGCCAAGGAGAAAGCUGAGAAAGAGAGGUUGGCUCAAGAGAGGGCAGAAAAAGAGAGACUUGAGAUGGAGAGACUUGCUAAAGAAAAUGCAGCUAGAGAAGAAAAGGAAAGACUCGAGCAAGAGAGGGCGGAGAGGGAAACGGCAGAGAGGGAGCAACAGGAGAAAGAAAGGCUAGACAGAGAGAAGGCUGAAAAGGAAAGGAUUGAGAGGGAACGCGUUGCAAAAGAAAGAGAGAGAGCAGAGCAGGAGAAGGCAGAGAGGGAAAGACUGGAAAGAGAGAGACUCGAGAAAGAAAGGAUUGCUAAGGAGAAGGUGGAGAAAGAAAGGCUGGAGAGGGAACAGAUUGCCAAGGAAAAGGAAAGUCUGGAGAGAGAACGGAUCGCCAAGGAAAAGGAAAGAGUGGAGAGGGAAAGGUUGGCCAAAGAGAAGGCAGAGAAAGAAAGACUGGAGAGAGAACGAAUUGCCAAGGAGAAGGCAGAGAAGGAAAGACUGGAGAGAGAACGGAUCGCCAAGGAAAAGGAAAGACUGGAGAGGGAACGGAUUGCCAAGGAAAAGGAAAGGCUGGAGAGGGAACGGAUUGCCAAAGAGAAGGCAGAGAAAGAAAGACUGGAGAGAGAACGAAUUGCCAAGGAAAAGGAAAGAGUGGAGAGGGAAAGGUUGGCCAAAGAGAAGGCAGAGAAAGAAAGACUGGAGAGAGAACGAAUUGCCAAGGAAAAGGAAAGACUGGAGAGGGAACGGAUUGCCAAGGAAAAGGCAGAGAAAGAAAGACUGGAGAGAGAACGGAUUGCCAAGGAAAAGGAAAGACUGGAGAGGGAACGGAUUGCCAAGGAGAAGGCAGAGAAAGAAAGACUGGAGAGAGAACGGAUUGCCAAGGAAAAGGAAAGACUGGAGAGGGAAUGGAUUGCCAAGGAGAAGGCAGAGAAAGAAAGACUGGAGAGAGAACGGAUUGCCAAGGAAAAGGAAAGACUGGAGAGGGAACGGAUUGCCAAGGAGAAGGCAGAGAAAGAAAGACUGGAGAGAGAAUGGAUUGCCAAGGAAAAGGAAAGGCUGGAGAGGGAACGAAUUGCCAUGGAAAAGGAAAGACUGGAGAGGGAACGGAUUGCCAAGGAAAAGGAAAGACUGGAGAGGGAACGGAUUGCCAAGGAAAAGGAAAGAGUGGAGCGGGGACGGCUGGCCAAAGAGAGGGAAAGACUGGAGAGAGAACGGAUUGCUAAGGAAAGAGAGAGAGUUUCGAGGGAACGAGCUGAAAAGGAGAGACAAGAACAACUGGGAAAACAGAGAGCGGAGAAAGAGAGGCUAGAGAGAGAGAACACCACUAAGGAAAGAGAGACACCUGCCAGGGAAAAGUUGGAGAAGGAGCGCUUAGCCAGGGAGAGGGCGAAAAUCGCACAGGACAAGGAGAGAUUGGAGAGAGAGAGAGUAGAAAAAGAAACGGCAGCGAGAAAAGAGGGGAAGAGGGUGGAGCGGGAACAACUGGCGAGGGUGGCGAAGGUGAAGCUAGAGCGUGAGGAGAAGAUGGAGGCGGAGCAGCUGACAAAGGAGAGAGAAGGAAAUGGCGUGAAGAGACGAGUGUUCCCGGAGAGGAAGCCAAACGCUUCGGCGGGAAGAGGUGAGAUAACUGAGAGGGUGACAGCGGUCAGGAGAGAGAAGAACAUCUUAGAAGAGAAGAAGAAAAUAUCUUAUGGAACAAAAUGAUGACCUUACAAAUUGUCAGGGCUCUGAUUGGUUGGCCUUCCCCCCCAUAUUCAGGAAACAGAUUUUGAAAAGCCCACCCUUCCCAAUGAGAUCCACAACUUUAAUUCAGACUUAUACUGGGACAGUCUGUUUUUUUUUUUGUUUUUUUUUUUAAUCAUUCUGCUGCAAAAGGGUUUAAAAAGCAUUUCCUGUCAUGUGUUCUGCUUCUGUUGAUCAGGACAUUACAGAGCGCCAUUACUCCCAUCUUCACUGUGAUAAAUAUAAAUACACAGCUGGAACUGUCGAGAAGUAGAAAUGGGCGUUUCAAGCAAAAAUACUAGAUAAAUAUCAUCGUCCCCCCUCAAAAAGCUUUCAGAGGUGACUUGAUGUUCAGGCAGUAGAAACAUGACUUCAGGGCUCUGAGGGGGCGACCAGAUAAAUUGAUUAAUUACAGAUGGAGCCACAGGUUCUUUGCUCCUAAAUUACUCUGUUAAUGCCACAAACCUGUGGAAGUGCAGGUGGGUUCUCAUAACAAAGACCUGGCUCUGCAACUUGUUUUUAUGAGUCUCUAUUUGAUGAUGAUGAUGAUGAUGUUUUUUUGUGUUUUUUCUCAUGUUCCUUAUACAGAGGAGGAGGAGAGCCAGUAUAGGGCGUUUGAUUGAAUGAAUUCAGUUUUGAGCUUUAGUUAUACAUAGUGAAUAUAAGUGCUGAAGGAUGCUGACCUGUUAAAACAACCUGUGAUAACCGAAUAAAGCAUCUCUGUGUCAUGAC